AUGUGCAGUGUGCGUGAUCGCAUAUUUUUCGCUGCUUCCUCAUCGUCUCGAGUCGAUGCUGAGCUAGCUAGCUGAUGGUCUCAUUCGCGUAGAUUUUUAGUGCUGCACAAGUGAAGUGAAGUCAGUGUUUUGCGACAGUGAAAAAUAAUUAAUGUUAUCGUCCUCCCCCACGCAGUGCACAGUGCUUUUCCGUGACGAAAUUGUGCAAAGUUGACUUUGCACAAUUCACAGCAAGUGCUGGAGCUCUGGUGCGGUGCGAAAAUCCUCCGAAAAAAGAAGUUCGAGAGAGCGAGAGACUGCUGUGAAAAGCGAAACUCCAAAACUCGCAUCGGGCAAAAAGUCAAAGUCUGGGACUUUUCUUUGUGUUCGUCCGUGUGGAGUCCGUCGUCGUCGUCUUCGCUGUCGUAGGAACGACGGAAGAACAGGAUUGUAAAGUUGGAAAAGUGACGAGUGGAAAGAAAUAUUUUUUUUGUGUUCAUAAGUCGCGUCGAGAGCUGUGUUUGCAGUGUGAUUUGAAGCGCACUUAUAUUUUUCCAGUAAACCCGUACCGUAACAGAUCCGAAAACGUCUAAUCAAAGAUCGAACCGUUGUGGGGGUAACGAAGCCGGGGACAGCCAAGGGCAGCAGAGCGUGUCACGUCGGCUUCGUUCCGAAGAGCGGGAGGCACAGGGUUCAAAGCGUAGCAUCGGUGGAAGCAAAGACGGCGACGCCAGCAGCAGCAGCAACAGUAGCAGUAGCAGCCAAAAGCGUCCCAGCAGCAGCAGCAACAACAGCAUGUCGUCCAGUUGUUGUGGGACGAAGAAGCCGAAGCUCAACGGGGGAAACUAUGCGAACGCUAAUGGACACUGUGCCGACGGGAAUCAGGGCGGGCGUGGCUCGUCCGGGAAAGGGCCCAUGGUGAACGGUCACACCAAUGGGUACCUGAGUAAUGGACAUGCUGCUGCGGCCGCCGGUGGCGAUGGCAGCCAAUCGAUGGCUGACUCCAUGCCGGAGAUGUGCUUUUACUGCUUCGAGGUGCUGUACCGGGAGUUGAACCAACUGGAGGAACCUCGCACACCGUCCUUCACCAAUGAACCCUUCCCACUGUUUGUCACUUGGAAAAUUGGGAAGGACAAGCGACUGCGCGGAUGUAUCGGAACAUUCAGCGCAAUGCGUUUACACUCAGGUCUUCGAGAAUACGCAAUAACAAGUGCUUUAAAGGAUUCCCGCUUCUCGCCCAUCACGCGAGACGAGAUCCAAAGACUGACCGUGUCGGUGUCGAUCCUGCAGGGCUUCGAGGAGGCCCGCGGUUACCUGGACUGGACGCUCGGCGUGCACGGUAUCCGGAUAGAGUUCUACAACGAACGCGGCUCGAAACGAACUGCCACCUACCUGCCGCAGGUUGCCACCGAGCAAGGAUGGGAUCAAACGCAAACGAUUGACUCGUUGCUGCGUAAGGGCGGCUACCGGGCUGCCAUCACGCCGGAGAUGCGUCGUUCAAUCAAGCUGACGCGCUACACGUCUCAGGAGUGCCACAUGACCUACGGCGAGUACCGUGACCUGCUGGAAAGACAAUCGCAAUACAACCAGCCUGGUAGAGUACAAUGCUAACAACACGUGUUUUAUCUGCCUCCGCCACGACCUCCGCCGCCACCACCGCCCAGGCAGCUAAACCAGCAUCCUCAACCGCCACAACAACAGCUACAUCACUACCAACAUCAACAGUUGCAAAGUCUGCAACCGUCGCCUAUCUGUCAACUGGUGUGGAACGGCACCGGCCAUGUCCAACCGCCGGACCAUGCUGUUGGUGGAUCCUUUUCCUCUUCAUCGUCCUUGUCAUCGUCCUCGUCAUCCUCGUCGUCCUUGUCCUCGUUCUCGCCGCCGGGGAUGAAUCCGGUGCAACCGUUUUCGUCUCACCAUCCGCGCCAUCCUUCGAUCCCGCCACCAUACCCGGUUCACCAGUAUCAUCCGCAGUUCCACCCGCAGCAGCAGCCGCCACAAGCGCGACCGCCGAUCGUUCAGCAGCCAUUCCUUCCUCCGCCGGUACCGGCCCGUUUCCGGUAUUUCAACUAAACGACCAUCGCCAUCACCACGGUGGUGGCGAUGGCAGCAGCGACAAGCGGUGUGAUCCAGGCAGAUAACAUCUAAUAAAUUAUAUGAACCGUUCUUAUAAAUACGAAUUAACAAACAAGUUUUUCUACCUUUGCCAAUCGUUCAUGGGCAUCAGUCGCGUGUGCGGGAACCGCUCGUUGUCGGCAGGCGCUACAAGGUACGGAACAAUCUGGGAAUGCGUUCUCAUCUUUGAAGUUGUGGAGGAUUGACACCUCCCCAUGCCGGCCUUCGUCAGCAAACAAUUGAGUUUGAACUAUCCAGUGUAUUGUGCUUGGUAUUGACGGCUUAGUUGCUAGUUAUGCCAAUUCUCAGAGGAUUCACUUCCAGUCUUCAUCAGCUCAUGUCUCUAGUAAUAUAUAAAUUUAACAAUUUGAAGUCCGUCUCAACAAUAAUGGUUUGAUUCCUGGAUCUCGUAAUUUUUUGGGCCAAUUUAGUGUCCCUGCAGUACCAAAGGAUUGGAAAUUGAAACUAAAACUUAGCUGGCAGUUCUUAUUUUGGCUUUGCCUGGAAGUCAAAUAAAAAUCUAUCUCUCUUAUUUGAUUAGUGAUGCUGAACCGUCAUCACCAUGCGCAAAAUACUGGAUAUGCCACGGAUUGAAAAUAAAAAAGCGGUGACUAAAUGUUCAUUAAAUAAUAAUUACUAACUAGCGAUAAAACACUUAUAAUAACAUAUUGAGCGAUGAUGAUAUAAACAGAGUAAACACUAUUUUAAAGAUUAUGAUAAAAAAACAAAACAUUUUUGAACCGAGUUUGAGCUGAUAAAAUUCCAAAACGAAUGAAAAAGAAGUAAAUUGUAACAAGAACACACGCAGAUAGUCUCUAGCACGCGUUGCAAUCAUCGUCAGUCGAAGGCGCGAUGUGACGCGACACCGGAUAAGUUGUGUUAUAAAGCGUUCUCAAAGCAUUAGUUGAUAAGAAUUAUAUAAAAAAUCAUAAUUGCUAACUAAUUGAAUUGUUGAUAUCCAACCAAUGACGUGGGACAUUGCUUCCCAUGUCUUGCAUCUCAGAAGCAUCAUCGACCACCAAUCCAACAACCACCAUUGACGUGAUUCGUUCGCGGUGAAGGUUUUUUCUUUUCUAGAUUGUGAAAAAGCAUUUUGUUUUACUGUUUUCUCUGAAAUGGCAAGCAUCUACAUUCAUGUUAAUUUAUCAUAAAGUUUUUCAAUUUUGUACUUAACCAUUUCACUGACCCGGACAUGUUCAAAGCUGGUUCAAUUUAGUUCUGGUUAGUUUUGAGUUUUGAAAAUUCUGUUUUUGCAGACGCAGUUCGUGCCGAAUUGAAUGAAGAUCUACACAAUGGUGGCUAAUGAAUCUCACUGAAUUGAUGAAAAUUUGGUCAACACGUCGCUUAGAAAUAUUACCAUAAACACAAAUAGAGAGAAUCCGUAAGGUUCUUGGAGAGAAACCAAUAUAUUCUUGAAGAGAAUCCACAAAAUUCUAGGAGAAUUCGGACGAUUCUUGGAAAUAAUCCAGAUGGUCCUUGGAGAGAAUCCGGAAGAUUCUUGGAGAUAAUCCGGAAGAUUCUUGGGAGAAUCCGGAAGAUUCUUAGAGAGAAUCUGGAAGAUUCUUGGAGAGAAUCAGGAAGAUUCUUGGAGAGAAUCUGGAAGAUUCUUGGAGAAAAUCUGGAAGAGAAUCCAGUAGAUUCUUAGUGCGAAUCCGGAAGAUUCUUAACGAGAAUCCGGAAGAUUCUUAUGGAGAAUCCGGAAGAUUCAUAUGGAGAAUCCUGAAAAUUCUUGGGCAAAAGCCGGAAGAUUCUUUGAGAGAAUCCGGAAGAUUCUUGGAGAGAAUCCGGAAGAUUCUUGGAGAGAAUUCGGAAGAUUCUUGAAGAGAAUCCGGAAGAUUCUUGAAGAGAAUCCGGAAGAUUCUUGGAGAGAAUCCGGAAGAUUCUUGGAGAGAAUCCGGAAGAUUCUUGGAGAGAAUCCGGAAGAUUCUUGGAGAGAAUUCGGAAGAUUCUUGAAGAGAAUCCGGAAGAUUCUUGGAGAGAAUCCGGAAGAUUCUUGGAGAGAAUCCGGAAGAUUCUUGGAGAGAAUCCGGAAGAUUCUUGGAGAGAAUCCGGAAGAUUCUUGGAGAGAAUCCGGAAGAUUCUUGGAGAGAAUCCGGAAGAUUCUUGGAGAGAAUCCGGAAAAUUCUUGGAGAGAAUCCGGAAGAUUCUUAGAGGGAAUCCGGAAGAUUCUUGGAGAGAAUCCGGAAGAUUCUUGGAGAGAAUCCGGAAGAUUCUAGGAGAGAAUCCGGAAGAUUCUUGGAGAGAAUCCGGAAGAUUCUUGAAGAGAAUCCGGGAGAUUCUUGGAGAGAAUCCGGGAGAUUCUUGGAGAUAAUCCGGAAGAUUCUUGGAGAGAAUCCGGAAGAUUCUUGGAGAGAAUCCGGAAGAUUCUUGGAGAGAAUCCGGAAGAUUCUUGGAGAGAAUCCGGAAGAUUCUUGGAGAAAAUCCGGAACAAUCUUGGAGAGAAUUUGGAAGAUUCCUGGAGAAAAUCCGCAAGAUUCUUGCAGAGAAUCCAGAACAAUCUUGGAGAGAAACCAGAAGAUUCUUGGAUAGAAGCCAGAUGAUUCUUGGAGACAAUCCAGAAGAUUCUUGGAUAGAAUCCAGAAGAUUCGAUUCUUGGAGAGAAUUCAGAAGAUUCUUGGAGAGAAUCCAGAAGAUUCCAGAAGAUUGUUGGAUAAAAUCCAGAAGAUUCUUGAACAUAAUUCAAAAGGUUCUUGAAGAGCAUCCAGGAAAUUCUUGGAGUGAAUCCGAAAGAUUCUUGGAGAGAAACCGAGAUAAACUUGAAUCUGGAGUCUGGAAUCCAUGGUACAAUUCGGCACGAAUUCAUCGUUUUCAAUAUAACCAAAAAGUUAAUCAAAUUGCACCUCCCUGUUACUUGCCUUCAUCGCGAUUUUAGAUUAAUUGUAGGGCGUUAUUAUCGAAUGUACCAUUACUGUAGUCCGAGAGAUUCAAUCAAACGGGGCGCGAUAACGAAAACAUAGUUCUUAACUUUAUCAGACGAAGAAAAAAGAAAAAUCCUUGUUUGUUGUCUGUAAAAUGUAACGCAAAACAAAUCAAACACUCCAACAGCGAAGAACGCGUAAGGAUCAUAUAGAAAACCCAAUUCGGAAACCACAAUCUCUCAAUAGAAAAACAGGAAAACUUUAGUUAGACAGAUGUAACGAAAUUCCGGCGCGAUAGACAUGCUUUAAUAACAACAAAAAUGUUCAAACAAACAUAAACCCGAAAAAAAACAACAGACAAAGAAUAGAAACAUAAUAAAAAAUAAACAGAAAACCGGCGAAGUAUAGCAGAUUUUAAACAGAAAACGUACAUGUAUCGAUCAUCGCAAGUCAAAACUGAUUCACCUAUAGAGUACCAAUAAGUUUUAUCAUCCAUCGGAAAACAGAUCACGUUUCCAACGCCGCAUCCGUUCUCCGUUCGUUCGUUCGUUCGACUAAACUAAAACUGAAAGCAACACAAGUGUUACAAAGAAUCGCUAGUUUACGGUUUUUAACUCAAUUAACUUUAGUGCAGUAAUAUGUUUAGUUUUUAGAACAUUUUGAAUUUUGAUCAAACGAUUUUCGAUUUCCGGUUUUAUUUUUGUGUUUUUUUUUUGUUGGGCAAGUAAGUUUACUGUUUUACUUUUGGAUUUAUUUUUACGAUAGACAACGGGACAAAAAGUGAAAGUUAAUUACAUGUUUUCAUAUCAGAGAGCGAAAAAAUAUAUUAUAUAUUUACCAUUA